UUGGUGGACCACAAAGGGACCGAGACUUUAGUUUGAGAUAGAGAGAUUCCAUUGUACCUAUAAAACACUACAUAUAAAACAGUACCAAUAAAAAGAACUAAAAUCAGAAGAGGUCAGCAUUUUUCCUUUUUUGGCACAAGUUUAUAAAUAAGAUUAAAAUUCUGAAAUGUUUAACUUCGUGGCCCCAGUGGUUCCUACAGUAUACGGCUUUUAGAAUUGUUUAUGCCUAGAACCCUACAUGUUUAAAAGUCCCCAAAACUAUGGUACAUUCAAAUUUUUUAUAUUUUUUAAAAAAGCGAAAAUUGCUAUUGGGAAAUUUUCACAAUUCAGCCAUAUUGGAUUAAAAAAAACGACUGGAAAAAAAGAACUUUAGAAAAAUUUUCUCUCUUGUUUUGCCUGACACAUUGGUUGAUUUUUAUUUCAUACUCAAAACAGCAUGCUUCUGCUAUUUUCCAUCAUUUUAGUUCAAUUCAAACUCUUCAUAAAAAAUUUGUCAAUAUUUUUUAUUUGAAUUGUUUGUUUAUAAAUUUAUCCGUUGUUUAUGGUAUAUAUAUACAUAUUAAAAAUUUUUGUAAAGUAUUUUUUAAGCAUAAAAAACCCGGCAUACUUUGUUUUUUUAGUUUAUAAAAUGGCAGGGGCAUAUGCAUUUUUAAGUAAAAUAAAAUGUGUAUAUACAUCAUGUUCUUUAAAGAAAACAGACAAUCAACUUUACCUGGCCUUAAUGAGAGUUUUCUAAGUAUUGACUGAAGUGAUCGAAUAUGGUAUUAUUAUUUUUUAAUGCAUUGUUACAGCUUGAAUAAGCUGUUAAUUUAACUAGUUUGGAACUUGUAUUGUUAUCCCUGAAAUUGAAAAGUUGACUGAGAGUUCAGUUAAUUCAUCCAAAAAAUUUCUGAAGUGCUGGAAUUUUGUUUUCGAAGUUUAGCGAUCAUACAUGUUAUAAAAGUCUUAGCUUUGUUUCAUUUUGUGCAGCCUUGAAUUAACUCUAGAGGAAUUUCAUUGCAAUGUUUAUUCUGGUUCAUUUUUUUAUUUUGAGUUUAAUUUGAAAGAAAACAAUAUGUCUGAUUUUAAAAUAUACAUGAAUAUACGAAAAAAAUAACUUGUCUGUGCAUUAAUUCUUUACAGAUUUUAUGACUUGAGAUUUGCAAAUGUUUUGAAUAUAGUUAUAAAAUAAUGAUGUCAUUUUACUGCUUAAAAUCACAAUCAUGACUGGAAAAUAAAUCUGUUACUAAGACUUAAUUCUUGGUCAAUAUUACCUAAACAAGUUGCCAAUUCUGCAACUUUCAAUUUAUUUGCAAGCAGUGUAGUAAGGACUGUGCAACCACUUUCAAAUUAAAAUCAAAAACUAAAUACAUUUUUUGACAUUGUUCUUAAGACUUAUAUAUAUGUUUUCUCGUUUAAAAGAGGGCACGGUAUGUUUGCAGCUAGAGGAACAAUCCGAUGUAUGAAUAUUUUGGCUGCAAAUGCUAUACAAAAACACACUUAUCAAUCAAAAUAUUUUGUGAAGUCUGCUCAUGUAUUACACUCAAGACAACUGUGUAGUGGUGGCUGGAAAAUAUACACUAAAACAGGUGAUAAAGGGACCUCUGCUUUGUUUACUGGUGAAAGAAAAUCCAAAAAUGAUGAUGUAUUUGAUGCACUUGGUACUGUGGAUGAGUUGUCAUCGUCUUUGGGUUUGUCAAGAGAAUUUUGCAUUGACAAUGAGCACAUGGAUAUUGUUGAAAGGUUAGAAGAGAUUCAGUGUAUAUUACAAGAAGUAAGUUCGAAUGUUGCAACACCUGCCUCCAGUACAUCUACUGCUAUUAACAAAAAUAUAAUCUUGUUUGACUCAACGUAUAUUCACGAAUUAGAAAAAUGGAUUGAUGAGUAUCAUGAUAAUUUACCACCGUUAAAAAACUUUAUUUUACCCUCUGGUGGUAAGUGUAGUGCUUCUUUACAUAUUGCGCGAUCGAUUUGCCGAAGAACAGAACGUAAACUGGUUCCAUUAUUACAAAGCUCUGAACUGGAUGAAAAUGUUUUUAAAUUUGUAAACAGACUAAGUGAUUUUUUAUUUACGGUUGCUCGUUAUGCUGCAUUCCAAGAAGGUGAGCAUGAACUUGUUUACAAGCGACGGACAAAGACAGUGGAAAAAAGAUAGAUUUUCUCUUUAGAGUAGUUUGCAAUAUAUAUAAAUUUUUGUUUUAUAUAUAUUUUAUAUGUCUUUGUAAUAUUUCUCAACAAACAUUUACACUCUGUUGCUGUAUAUGUUACUCUCAAUUUUUUGGGUGUUGUCUUGACAUUGUUGAGAAUGAAAUUUGAAGAAGAAAAAUUCUUUCCUGUGCAUGGCUGUAUUUAUUAGAAAAAGAAAAAAAGAGUAUAAAUAUACAUGCAAUUAUAUUUUACCAAUGGGACAUUACAUCGAUUUAAAUUAAACACGUUUACUGGAUAACAUAUACAUUGACUCCUCAUUGGCAAUGUUUUCUCAAUACAAAACUGUGUUAUAUUAUUUUGUUAUUUUCUGUAUACAUCUUGCAUAUGUCUAGUGUAAAUAACAGACCAGGUAUAAUGACAUUUUAAUGACAUCUCUGAUGUUCCGAAUAA